CGGCCUGCUGGGAGCUGUAGUCCCUCUGUCGGCGGGAGGGUCAAGAUGGCGGCCACUGCCCUUCCAGAGCCGUUGCAGCAGCAGAGGGGAGAGGAGAAUGGCUGCGGAAACAGUCCCAGUCCUGGGGACUCUGGUGAGGAAAAAGCUGACACGCCAUACCUGCAUGCCCGCCGGAAGCUGGAGAACCUCCUCAACAAGAGCAUGCGCAUCCGAAUGACGGACGGGCGGACCCUGGUGGGCUGCUUCCUGUGCACCGACCGAGACUGCAACGUGAUCCUUGGCUCCGCCCAGGAGUACCUCAAGCCCACAGACUCCUUCUCCGCCGGAGAGCCCAGAGUCUUGGGUUUGGCCAUGGUUCCAGGACAUCACAUUGUCUCCAUCGAGGUGGAGCUGGAGAGCCUGGCCUCCUUGCAGUACCUCUGAUGCACCGCCAGAGGGCAGCAGGCCUCCAACGUUUGACCAAACUUUUUUUUGGGGGGGGGAAGCGGGGAAGGGACUCAGGCCCCGGUUUGCUGCAGCGCAAGAGACGUUUCUCCUCCCUUCCUGGAUAGACCCCGGUUUUCCCUAGGCCGUUGCCAGGGAAUGAAGCUUUCCUGGCAAAGCUGGACUGGACCAGUGCAUGCACUGUGAAACAGGACACACACACCCCCAUCUCCAGGACUUGGAAAGGGGGUGGACUUAAUGUUUGCGUUUGUCAAAUGUUUGUUAAAUCUGGAAAAGAAUCCCAUUGCUGUUCUGAA